GAUCCGUCCGUCAGGUCCACGGUCCCCGCCGCCGCCUCCUCCGCGCUCCUCUAGCUCCUCCGCCAUGGAGGGAACCGACGACAGCGACAUCAUCGAGCAUCACGUCGAGGAGGAGAUGGAGAAGAGAGGCGCGAGGAGCCACGCAGCCUCCUCCUCCUCGUUCCCGGAGAGCGUCACUCCGUCCGACAGAGACGGCCACAGCGGCACCCAGUCCUCCCACAGACUGCUGGCCUACAGCGAUGCGCUCAUCUCCAUCAUCGCCACCGUCAUGAUAUUACCUGUGGCUCACACAAAGAUGGAAGAUAAUGAGGAGUUGAGGGAGAGCGUUCAGCUUCUGCUGACGACAAAGAUCGCCGUUUACUUGAUGACAUUCCUGAUUGUUACUGUUGCAUGGGCCGCUCACAUCAGGUUAUUUCAAGUAAUUGUACGCAUUGAUGAUUGCCUUGCACUGCUGAACCUCGCGUGCAUGAUGCUGAUCACAUUUCUCCCGUACACGUUCGCUCUGAUGGCGACGUUCCCCGAGAACAUCCUCGGGAUUUUGCUCUUCUGUGGCUGUGUGAUGGUGAUGGGCAUCAUUCAGUCGGUGAUUGUGCUGUACGCCUUCAGCCGCCCCUUCCUGCUGAACGAGCAGAUCCAGAUCUCAGAGAACCAAACUUUCUACAAACAACACAUCCUCAAAGUCAUCAUGCGGGUUCCCCUCAUGUGCUUCUUCGCCAGCAUCUUCUCCUUCAUCUUUUUCCAGCUGUCGUACGUGCUGUUGGCGAUCGUCAUCUUCCUGCCGUACAUCUCCCAGUCUCUGAAGUGGUGUCGCAGCAAAGCAAUUGGUCAGGUGGAGGAGACUCCAGACUCCAUGUUGUUUUACACGUACCUGCCUAACGAGCCGCUCAGCAAGGACCGAGUGGAGGCUUUCAGCGAUGGAGUUUACGCCAUCGUAGCAACGCUUCUCAUCCUGGACAUAUGCGAGGACAAUGUUCCCGACCCGACCGUCGUGCAGAAGAAGUUUGGCGGCAGCCUGAUCGCGGCCAUGCAGGAGUACGGCCCGGAGUAUCUCGCCUACUUUGGCUCCUUCGCCACCGUCGGCCUCCUCUGGUUUGUGCACCACUCGCUUUUCCUCCACGUCACCAAGGCGACGCGUUUCAUGGGCCUGCUGAACACCUUCUCGCUGGCGUUCGUCGGUGGGUUGCCUUUAGCCUACCAGCUAACGCACGAAUUCCCGCACAACUCCCGCAACGAACUGGAAGCCAUUCAGAUCAGCUGUGUGAUCAUCUUCUUCGCAGGAAUAUUUCAGCUCGCUAUUUGGGUGGUCGCUCUCUACAACGAACAGGAAACGUUGCACCCCUACGUGCGAUAUGGCGGGCGCGAGCACGUGUUUAUGCUCGCUAAGCUAGCUCUGUACCCCUGCGUAGCUCUGGGGACGUUUUUCCUAACGUGUAUUUUGAGUAAAUUCAGCGCCCCAAUUUUCCACCUGAUGGAGAUCACGGUGCCUUUUGCUUUUCUCUUGCUGAGGCUGUUGGUGCGGGUCGGGCUAGCGUUGUUACGGCUAAUCUUCUGUCCCGACAGGCCCGACCAGAGGGGCGUCAUAGAGGAGGACGAUGACGAAACCAGAGUGCCGUUCAACGCUUUAGUGACCUAGCUCGCUUAGGAAGUGGCCACAAAAAAUCAAGCUAGCUGGCAGAGCUGUGAGGCAUUGUUGCUAAAAUGCUCGGAGUCUGAAAGAGAGAGAUUGAGUCAGGAAUCACACGUAGAAGAAGGUGAUUAUCUUUUGAUUUAAACUGGUUCAAAUCAUGCGAUCAGUGCACAUGGCAUUAGACGCGACGUGUUUAAGUACGGAGGAGGACCAGAGUACUGAAGGAUACUGAACCAAAGCAAGUCCACUCAUUUGAUCUCUUUAAAGGGUUAGUUUGUUAUUUUUCAGCCUCUAUUUUGUCAAGUUUUUGUGUCUAAGAGACUAAUUGGGAACAAAAGCUUUUUAAACUGGUCCAGUGUGGAGGGAAACAGACUGCAAAGUAAGUAUGUGGGGGAUCAUCAAUUUACAUCCAUUAAAAGAGCUUAUUGUUGCCACUGACAGGAUUCAAAAGGUCUUACAUUAUUGGAAAGGAUCCCUACAGCGGUAAAUGUUUCGAAACAUUUCAGGAAAUGUCCUAAAAAUCCUUGAAACCUCCAAAAAUCCUAAAAACGUCCAAAAGUCCUAGAAAUCACCUAAAAAUCCUUGAAACCUCGAAAAAUCCUAGAAAUGUCCAUAAAUCUUUGAAACUUCCUAACAUCCUCGAAAUCUCCUAAAAUCCUACAAACGUCCUAAAAUCGUUGAACCUCCCUUAAAUCCUAGAAAUUACCAAAAAUCCC